AUGUCGUUGAGGCCGAACUCGAGGGCGGAGGUCCGCCGGAGCCGGUACAAGGUGGCGGUGGACGCGGACGAGGGACGACGCCGGAGGGAGGACAACAUGGUGGAGAUCCGAAAGAACAAACGAGAGGAGAACCUGCUGAAGAAGCGGCGCGAGGGGCUCCAAGCUCAGCAAUUUCAGCCUGCCGUCAAUGUUCAGCCGCUCGACAAGAAGUUGGAAAGCCUUCCUGCGAUGAUCGCUGGGGUUUGGUCUAAUGAUGCUAAUCUGCAGCUAGAGGCUACAACUCAAUUCCGUAAACUUCUCUCAAUAGAGAGAAAUCCGCCAAUUGAGGAAGUUAUACAAUCUGGAGUUGUUCCUCGUUUUGUUGAGUUUCUCGGACGAGAUGAUUACCCUCAACUUCAGUUUGAGGCAGCGUGGGCCCUCACAAACAUUGCUUCUGGAACUUCUGAAAAUACCAACGUUGUGAUUGAUCAUGGUGCUGUUCCAAUUUUUGUCCGACUUCUUAGUUCUCCAAGUGAUGACGUGCGCGAACAGGCAGUUUGGGCAUUAGGAAAUGUUGCUGGUGACUCGCCAAAGUGUCGCGACCUUGUCCUUGGUUAUGGGGCUUUAGUGCCUUUGUUAGCACAAUUUAAUGAUCAGGCAAAAUUGUCCAUGUUGCGAAAUGCGACGUGGACGUUGUCAAAUUUUUGUCGAGGAAAGCCGCAGCCACAGUUCGAGCAGGUCAAACCAGCAUUGGCUGCUCUUACUCGUCUCAUACAUACAAAUGAUGAAGAAGUCCUUACAGAUGCUUGCUGGGCACUUUCAUAUCUAUCUGAUGGCACUAAUGAUAAAAUCCAAGCUGUGAUUGAGGCUGGUGUGUGCCCUCGUCUGAUUGAGCUUUUACUUCAUCCUUCACCAUCAGUUUUGAUUCCGGCCCUGCGCACAGUUGGCAAUAUUGUGACUGGUGAUGAUGUCCAGACCCAGGUUAUCAUCAAUCACCAAGCUCUCCAAUGCCUCCUUAACUUGUUGAUCCAAAAUCACAAGAAAAGCAUAAAAAAGGAAGCUUGUUGGACCAUUUCAAACAUUACUGCAGGAAAUAAAGAGCAGAUUCAGGCUGUGAUCGAUGCUGGCGUAAUCUCCCCUCUAGUUCGUCUGCUUCAAAAUGCUGAAUUUGAGAUAAAGAAAGAAGCUGCUUGGGCUAUUUCUAAUGCCACUUCUGGUGGAACUCAUGACCAAAUCAAAUUUUUGGUGCAUGAGGGAUGCAUAAAGCCUUUGUGUGACCUACUGGUUUGUCCCGACCCAAGAAUUGUCACGGUCUGCUUGGAAGGUCUUGAGAACAUUCUAAAAGUUGGAGAAGCCGAGAAGACUCAAGGUAACACGGGGGAUGUGAAUGUCUUUGCACAGAUGAUUGACGAUGCAGAAGGUCUUGAAAAAAUUGAAAAUCUCCAAUCACAUGAUAACAAUGAGAUUUAUGAGAAGGCAGUUAAGAUACUCGAAACAUAUUGGUUGGAAGAAGAUGAUGAGCAGCUAGUGCCUUCUGAUGAUGCUCAACGUUCUGGCUUCAACUUUGGGGAUGAUUACGACGAUGAGGACGAGGAAAUGGACGACGAGGAGUACGAGGUUCAGAAUCUUGCAAAGUCAGAGCUGGCAUGCCCCUUUUGCCUCGAGGAUUUCGAUGUUCUCGGUUUGUGCUGCCACAUUGAUGCCGAUCAUCGUAUGGAGGUUAAACCUGGGAUUUGCCCCAUUUGCUCGUCAAAAGUGCGCAUAAACAUGGCUUCUCAUGCAAAGCACUUGUGUAACGUCAACAAAAAGUCUCAUUCUGUUGAUUCUUCUUCGUCAAAUGUCCCACCUGACUCAAAGCUUCUGUCGUUCAUCCAUAGCCCGAGUCAUGUUCACAAACCUCAAACCAAUCAAGAUGAUGUUUUGAAUCAAGCAAGCUUAUCGGUCGAAAGUAGCAAUUGCGAUUUGUUGGACAGAGUACAGUCAACUCCAUCAACGGACUCAAAUAAUGAGAGGAAAAUGAGUUACUUCUUGAGCUGGAUUUUCUGCUCGAGGUUGCCUGAAUCGGAUCGAUGUCUGCUUGAGGAUCACGCUGCGCGGCGCGGCGCCUGGCCAUGCGACGGUUGCUUUCGUCGGCGAUCGGCCUCUCGACUGAGGGAUCCUUUUCUACCACCGCAGCAGCUGUUAAAACCCAGGGCUCGGGAAGAUUUGUUGGUUUUUCAGGUGUUGAUUUUAGUGGAUUUGUCGAUGGCUUCCAGUACUCAUAACCCUAGCUCUAAAGGCCUCCUCUGCAAUGCUGGUGCCGGUGCUGCCGCCGGUGCGAUUGCAGCUACUUUUGUUUGCCCUUUAGAUGUUAUCAAGACUAGGUUCCAGGUUCAUGGGCUUCAACUUGCUAGUGCUAACAAUAAUAUAAGAGGUCGUGUUAUAUUGGGAAGUUUAGAAAGUAUUUUUCAAAAAGAGGGGUUGCGUGGUAUGUACCGUGGGCUCUCCCCGACAGUGCUUGCUUUGCUUCCAAAUUGGGCAGUGUAUUUUACAAUUUAUGAACAACUAAAGAGUUUUCUUGGUGCUGAUGAUGUAAAUCAUCAGCUCUCCAUUGGUGCCAACAUGAUGGCUGCUUCUGGGGCUGGAGCUGCAACAACUAUUGUAACAAAUCCUCUUUGGGUCGUCAAAACAAGAUUUCAAACACAAGGAAUGAGAAGUGGUGUGGUGCCUUAUAGUGGGACCUUAUCUGCAUUGCGAAGAAUUUUACAUGAAGAGGGCUUUUGUGGAUUGUAUAGUGGUCUUGUGCCGGCUCUAGCUGGUAUUAGUCAUGUUGCAAUUCAAUUUCCUACAUAUGAGAAGAUAAAAAGUUACUUAGCUGAGAGGCGAAAAACGACAGCAGAUAACCUUAGUGCAGGUGAUGUUGCCGUUGCUUCAUCAGUUUCGAAAAUAUUUGCUUCUACAUUGACCUAUCCACAUGAGGUUGUACGGUCAAGGCUUCAAGAGCAAGGGUACUACUCGGAGAAGCAGUAUUCUGGUGUUGUCGACUGUAUAAAGAAAGUAUAUGGGCAAGAGGGAAUCCCUGGUUUCUAUCGAGGGUGUGCAACUAACCUGUUCAGAACAACCCCAGCUGCUGUAAUUACAUUUACCAGCUUUGAAAUGAUUCACCGCUUUCUGCUUACGGUGUUCCCUCCCGAUCCACAUACUCAACCAUUGUGA